AUGAAGAAGCAAGUAAUUUGUUCGACUGUCUUCCUCUCCUGCAUUCUUCUUCUUUUUCUUAGUGUUGAAGCACAGACGUGCAGCCCUAGUGGCAAGAUCAAAGGGAAAACCCCUCCACCAGGGCAAUGCAACCAGGAAAAUGAUUCUGAUUGUUGCAAGGAUGGCAAGUGGUACACGACAUACAAAUGUUCACCCCCUGUAUCAAGCCAAACGAAAGCAACACUGACGCUUAACAGCUUUGAGCCAGAUGGAGACGGUGGUGCACCAUCUGAAUGUGACAACCAGUACCACUCCGAUGAUGACCCUGUGGUGGCACUUUCUACAGGGUGGUAUAACAACGGAAAGAGGUGUUUGAAUUAUAUCAACAUCCAUGGCAAUGGAAAAUCUGUGAGGGCUAAAGUUGUGGAUGAAUGCGAUUCUACUAUGGGAUGCGAUUCGGACCAUGAUUAUCAGCCCCCUUGCCCUAACAACAUUGUUGAUGCCUCGAAAGCAGUUUGGAAGGCUCUUGGAGUGCCUGAGAGCGACUGGGGCGGGAUGGAUAUCUACUGGUCUGAGACGUGCAGCCCUAGUGGCAAGAUCAAAGGGAAAACCCCUCCACCAGGGCAAUGCAACCAGGAAAAUGAUUCUGAUUGUUGCAAGGAUGGCAAGUGGUACACGACAUACAAAUGUUCACCCCCUGUAUCAAGCCAAACGAAAGCAACACUGACGCUUAACAGCUUUGAGCCAGAUGGAGACGGUGGUGCACCAUCUGAAUGUGACAACCAGUACCACUCCGAUGAUGACCCUGUGGUGGCACUUUCUACAGGGUGGUAUAACAACGGAAAGAGGUGUUUGAAUUAUAUCAACAUCCAUGGCAAUGGAAGAUCUGUGAGGGCUAAAGUUGUGGAUGAAUGCGAUUCUACUAUGGGAUGCGAUUCGGACCAUGAUUAUCAGCCCCCUUGCCCUAACAACAUUGUUGAUGCCUCGAAAGCAGUUUGGAAGGCUCUUGGAGUGCCUGAGAGCGACUGGGGCGGGAUGGAUAUUUACUGGUCUGAUACUGAUUAAUCACUUGAUCCAUAUUUAUUUUUAUAAUGUAUGUACUAGAGUAAAGAUUUCUUGUGCGUCUUAGUUAACAUUCAUGUUACUAUUAAUGUAGAAUUUAUGUAUAUAUUAUGUAUUUUGAGCCGUAAACUA